AUGUGGAAAUGGAGACUUGCCCUCAGUGGAGAGAGCGGUGCCGGGAAAACAGAGAGUACGAAGCUGUUAUUGCAACACAUCAUGAACCUAUGCAAAGGCAACUCACAGCUGGAGCAGCAGAUCCUGCAGGUAAAUCCAUUGCUUGAAGCUUUUGGCAAUGCCCAGACUGUGAUGAAUGACAACAGCAGCCGCUUUGGAAAGUACAUACAGCUGCGUUUCCAGCAGAAUACAGUGCGAGGUGCAAAGCUGAGCGAGUACCUGUUAGAGAAGUCACGGGUAGUGCAACAAGAUGCUGGGGAGAGAAAUUUCCAUAUCUUCUACUACAUGUUUGCUGGACUCUCUUCAGAGGAAAAGGAGAUGUAUGGGCUGUUGGAUCCUUCACUCUACAGGUACAUAAGUGGACGAUUUGGUACACAAGAUGUAGCUCAACGCUGGAAGCACAAAUACCAAGAGGUGUGCAAUGCCCUUGACAUGGUGGGCUUCCAAGAACAGGAGCAAGUGGACAUGCAGGCUAUCUUGGCUGGUGUGUUGUCUCUGGGCAAUGUGACCUUUGAGCCUGAGGAGAGCAGUGGGUGUGUAAAAGUGAGUGAAACCUCCCGGGGAUGGCUGAAGGCUGCAGCGGUAAAUCCAUUGCUUGAAGCUUUUGGCAAUGCCCAGACUGUGAUGAAUGACAACAGCAGCCGCUUUGGAAAGUACAUACAGCUGCGUUUCCAGCAGAAUACAGUGCGAGGUGCAAAGCUGAGCGAGUACCUGUUAGAGAAGUCACGGGUAGUGCAACAAGAUGCUGGGGAGAGAAAUUUCCAUAUCUUCUACUACAUGUUUGCUGGACUCUCUUCAGAGGAAAAGGAGAUGUAUGGGCUGUUGGAUCCUUCACUCUACAGGUACAUAAGUGGACGAUUUGGUACACAAGAUGUAGCUCAACGCUGGAAGCACAAAUACCAAGAGGUGUGCAAUGCCCUUGACAUGGUGGGCUUCCAAGAACAGGAGCAAGUGGACAUGCAGGCUAUCUUGGCUGGUGUGUUGUCUCUGGGCAAUGUGACCUUUGAGCCUGAGGAGAGCAGUGGGUGUGUAAAAGUGAGUGAAACCUCCCGGGGAUGGCUGAAGGCUGCAGCGGGUCAGUUUGGAGUCCAAGAAGAUGAACUGUUAAAAUGCCUUAUUUGUACGAUGUCAGUGACCCGAGGUGAGCAGAUACAGCGUUUUCACACCCAGCAGCAGGCAGAAGAUGCUCGGGACUCCAUUGCAAAGGUGGCAUAUGGCCGAGUAUUUGGCUGGAUCGUUUGCAAGAUCAAUGAGCUGCUGGCUGAGAAUGUGGAUCCUGAGGUGGAACUGAGGGAGAUAGGUAUCUUGGAUAUUUUUGGGUUUGAAAACUUUGCGGUGAAUCGCUUUGAACAGCUCUGCAUCAACUUGGCCAAUGAGCAGCUGCAGCACUUCUUCAACCAUCUGGAGCAGGCUGCCUAUAAGGAAGAAGAGCUGCCUUGGGAGACUAUCACAUUCAACAAUAAUGAACCUAUUCUGAAUCUGCUCCUGGCCAAGCCACUUGGGCUCCUGUCUCUUCUGGAUGAGCAGAGUGCAUUCCCUCAGGCAACUGAUAAGACGUUUGUGGAUAAACUGAACAGCAGCUUCAAGGGGAAUUUACACUUCCAGCCAGGCCGAGGCCGUGUUUUGGGCUUCAGCAUCAUUCACUAUGCUGGAAAAGUACAGUACACUGCGGGGGGCUUUCUAGAGAAGAACAGAGACACCUUACCAGCCAACGUCCGUGGGCUCUUCAUCAACAGUGUCACCCCCUUGCUGAGUGUGCUGUUCACAGAAGUGGACAAGGUCGUUCACACUGAAAACAGAGUGCUGUAA